AAACUCGUUGAGCCACAGUCAAUUGGGAUCAGUUACUCGAGUCAGAUCGUCAAACAAAUAAUCAUGCUGGAAGUUACGCUGGCAUUGCUGCUCCUACUUGCGGGCCUCUUCUAUGUAUUCAUGACAUGGAAUUUCGGCUACUGGCGCAAGCGAAAAGUCCCUGGUCCUGCCCCACGCAUUCUCACAGGCAACUAUCCGCACAUGUACAACAUGAAGCGUCACGCAAUCUACGAUCUCAAUGAUAUCUAUAGAGAAUACAAGCAUCAGUUCGAUGCAGUUGGCAUUUAUGGAGCUCGAACUCCACAAUUGCUGGUUAUAAGUCCGCAGCUGGCUAGACGCGUCUUCGUCUCUGACUUCAGGUACUUUCAUGAUAAUGAAGUCUCUCGUAUGAUUGAUGAUAAAUCCGAUUUCAUCUUUGCCAACAAUCCGUUCUCCCUGGUCGGAGACGAGUGGAAGCACCGACGUGCAGACGUUACUCCCGGACUAACCAUGAGUCGCAUCAAGACCGUCUAUCCGGUGACCAAUGAGGUAUGCCUUAAGAUGACCGAAUGGCUACGCAAGCAAAUACGUUCACCUCCAAGUGAAGGCAUCGAUGCCAAAGCUAUGAGUUUACGCUUCACAACCGAAAUGGUCACCGAUUGCGUGUUGGGCCUGAAGGCCGAGAGCUUCUCAGACAAGCCCACACCAAUCAUGGGCUACAUCGAGGAGCUCUUCAAGCAGUCCUGGGCUUUUAUCCUGUACUUUAUAAUUGUCAGCACUUUGCCUGCGCUGCGACACGUGUUUAAGCUGCGCUUUGUGCCGUUGCGUAUUGAAAUCUUUUUUGUGAAUCUGAUGCAAACGGCCAUCGAUGCACGGCGUCAACAACUGGCUGCAGGAAAGCAAUUCGAUCGCGUUGACUUCCUGGACUACAUUCUCCAGCUGGGCAGCAAGAAGAACCUGGAUACUCGCCAACUGACCGCACACACCAUGACCUUCCUGCUGGACGGCUUCGAGACGACGGCCUCAGUACUCAGUCAUAUGCUUUUGCUGCUGGGCAGAGAUGAGAAGGUGCAGCAGCAGCUGCGCGAGGAAAUCGAGGCCCACCUCAGCAACUAUCCGCAUAUGUUCAACAUGAAACGUCAUACAAUCUACGAUCUCAAUGAUAUCUAUAGAGAAUACAAGCAUCAGUACGAUGCAGUUGGCAUUUACAGAGCUCGCUGUCCACAGUUGAUGGUGAUAAGUCCGCAGUUGGCUAGACGCGUCUUCGUCUCUGACUUCAAGCACUUUCACGACAAUGAAGUUUCUCUGAUGGUAACUGAAAAGUCCGAUUACAUAUUUGCCAACAAUCCGUUUACUCUGGUCGGCGAAGAGUGGAAAGAGCGACGCGCAGAUGUAAGUCCCGGACUAACCAUGGGUCGCAUCAAGAGCGUCUAUCCAAUAACUAAUGAUGUGUGCCGAAAGCUGACCGAAUGGCUACGCAAGCAGAUACGUGCACCUCCAAGUGGUGGCAUUAAUGCCAAAGAUGUGGGUCUACGUUUCACAACCGAAAUGGUCACCGAUUGCGUGCUGGGUCUGAACGCCGAGAGUUUCUCAGAUAAACCGUCACCCAUAAUGGGUUACAUCAAGGAAAUCCUUCAUAUGCCUUGGCCCUCCAUCAUAUACCUUAUGAUAGCCAACUUUUUGCCCAGCAUAAGGCGAUUCUAUAAAAUGCGCCUUAUUCCCUUGCCAAUGGAGCACUACUUUCUGAAUCUGAUGCAAACGGCCAUCGAUGCACGGCGUAAACAACUCGCUGCAGGAAAGCAAUUCGAUCGCGUUGACUUCCUGGACUACAUUCUCCAGCUGGGCAGCAAGAAGAAUCUAGAUACUCGCCAACUGACUGCACACAUAAUGACUUUCCUACUGGACGGAUUCGAGACGACGGCCUCAGUACUCAGUCAUAUGCUUUUGCUGCUGGGCAGAGAUGAGAAGGUGCAGCAGCAGCUGCGCGAGGAAAUCGAGGCCCACCUCAGUGCCAAGGGCGUCAUUGACUUUGAGAAGAUCAACGAGUUGCCCUUCCUGGAUGCAUGUGUCCAGGAAUCCCUACGUCUCUUUCCACCCGCCUUUAUGUCGAAUAAGCUGUGCACUGAGCCCAUUGAGUUGCCCAACAAGAAGGGCGAGAAUUUUGUAGUGGAACGAGGCACCACGGUCAUUGUGCCCCAUUAUUGCUUCAUGUUGGAUGAGGAAUAUUUCCCCAAUCCGCAGGCCUUCAAGCCGGAACGUUUCAUGCAGCCCGAUGCUGUUAAGAUGUACCGAGAGCAAGGCGUCUUCAUGGGCUUUGGUGAUGGUCCGCGCGUUUGCAUAGGCAUGCGCUUUGCAUUGACACAGAUCAAGGCCGCUGCAGUUGAGGUGCUCACCAAGUUCAAUGUGCGCGUCAAUCCCAGAACCAUCAAAGAUAACGAGUAUGAGCCAACGGCAUUUAUCACGACCUUGAAAGGCGGCAUUUGGCUAGACUUUGAGUCGCGCCAAUGACGGAAAUAUAUAUAGCCAAUCAACCUUCAGGGGCAUUUCACUCAGCAAUAAAACGUGCACAACGAGCUCUCGCAUAUCAAU